GCCGGGCCCUGAGGAAGGGGCGGAGCGGAGGCCGAUGACACGAAACAUUCUUCCCGUAGGAUCGGCUCUGCUCUGCUCUCAUCUGCUCUCGCCGCCUUCCCCCCAGACUCUCCAAACUUCUCUCCCGCAGCAUGUCGACCAAAGCCCUGGCCAAAGGGUCCCUUGCCCCAGGGCCGGUGCCCGAGGGAACGAUCCGUCUCUACAGCAUGAAGUACUGUCCUUAUGCCCAGCGGACCCGCUUGGUGCUCGAGGCCAAGGGCAUCAAGUACGAAACCAUCAACGUCAAUCUGCUGGACAAGCCCGACUGGUUCUUUGAAAAGAACCCCCUGGGCCUGGUGCCAGUGUUGGAGACGUCCAGCAACCAGCUGAUCUACGAGUCUCCCAUCGCCUGUGAGUUUUUGGAUGAGAGUUAUCCCAAGAGACGACUGCUCCUCGCCGACCCUUACGAGAAGGCCAGGCAGAAGAUGCUGUGGGAACAUUUCAGCAAGGUGAUUGGUUGCAUUUUCAAGAUUUCCAUGGCCAGAAAGGCAUCAGAAGACACGUCCAAACUGGAAGAGGAGUUCCAGUCAAAGCUCGGCUACUUUGAACAGCAUCUGGCCGGUGCGAAGACUCAGUUCUUUGGCGGUGACUCGGUGACCAUGACCGACUACAUGCUGUGGCCCUGGUUCGAACGGCUAGACGCCUUCUCAUUGACCAAUUUCCUGGAUGACAGCCCUGCCCUCAAGACCUGGACCCUUGCUAUGCUGAAAGAUGCUGCCGUCAAAGCCACGAUCAAUGACAACCAUGCCUACAAACGCUUCUUUGAGCUGUACAUGCAGCGUAAACCCGAGGCCUGUGACUGACCAAGGGCUGUGGGCCCGUACGGAUUGCCCGUCUAGCUGGCUGGCCAGGUCCGUCCUUUCAGGGGUUAUAUUGAUGGGAGUGAUCAGGUGUAGGUUUAGGUUUAUUAUUGUCACGUGUUCUGAGGUUUUAGUUUAAAUGAAACAGACCCUUUGGCCUAUCGAGUCCAAGCCAACCAUCGAUCACCCCAUUCACACUAGUUCUACGUUGUCCCACUUUCUCACCCACUCCCAACACACUAGGGGCAAUUUACAGAGGGCCAAUAAACCUACAAACCCACACGUCUUUGAGAUGUGGGAGGAAACCGGAGAGCCCAGAGGAGACCCAUGUCACAGAGAGAACAUGCAACUUCCACACAGAUAGCACCUGAGGUCAGGAUUGAACAAGAGUCUCUGGUGCUGUGUACGUGCUGCACUACUGUGCCACCCAUUGUUUUGUAUGCUAAAACAUAAUAGUUCCACAAAGUUGAGGAAAGGGGCAAAUAAAUUUCAAUUCAUUUCAUAGAAGAUUACAGGAACUAGCCUUUGGUCAAUGGUGUCCGUGAUACUCUUCGAUGCUCUCUCCCAACCUCCCUGUAAUAGGAACACUCGAACUGCACACAAUACUCCAAAAGCAGUCUAACCAAAUCUGUAUAAAACUGCAACAUGACUUCCUGAUUCUUGUACUCAACUGAGAAAGGAACUGAGAUUAAAAAGUUCCCUCUCCAAUUGGCUGUUAAAUUAGUAAAUGUAUUCUGAAUGGGUUUAUUUUGGCUGCUUGUGUGCACUAGACCUGUAGGCUAUAUAUACCCAGCGGAUCCAUUGGUUAAUGUAAUCUAAACUCCUUCCUGUUAGAGUUUGAAAAUAACCACAUUCCUCUGUGCCGCUGAGCCGGUCCAAAGGAGGAUGUUUGUUUACGCUGCUUUGUGUAACUACGCUUCGUUUCUCCACUCGACCGAUAUUUGAGGCCCAUUUCCAAAAGUAGUCAGUGGCCGUUUCACUCAACACAUACACCCAGACCACAGAGGCCUACCGGAUCUCCCUGUCGUGAACCAUUUCAACUCCCAUUCCCAUUCCCAAGCUGACCUGACGAAGGGUCUUGACAUGAAACGUCAUCCAUUCCUUCUCUCCAGAGAUGCUGCUUGUCCCGCUGAGUUACUCCAGCUUUUUGUGCCCACCCACACUGACCUUGCUCUCCUGGACCACCUCCAUUGCCAGAGUGAGGCCAGACACAAAUUGGAGGAACAGCACCUCAUUUUGCAUGGGUAGCUUGCAACCCAGCGGUGAGAACAUUGAAUUUUCUAAUUUUAAGUAACUUCUACUAACACUCUUUCCCCGCCCUCCCAUCCCUCCCCAUCCCCCUUUCUACACCCUAGUUGAUUCACUUCUAUUUGCAUAUGGCGUGCACAGCCUAAAGUUGUAGGACAACUUGUUCUAUUUGAUUUUAUCUGAUUGUGCACGCCAGGAUUGCAUUCGUUGAAACAGGGCGGACCACGUGAAGGUUGCAAUCUGCCACCCCUUGUUUCACUAGUUCCACAGUUCACCACAUUGUAUCCCUCUUGGUUGUGGUGUUCAACCUCUCCUCUUAAUAGUGGAGUGAAAAAGUCAUCACUCAGGGUCAGGUUAAGUGUUUAUACAAUUAGCAAAAAAUAGCUGUCAAGACUUGAGAGGCCGAGCUACAGGAAAAGGUUGGGCAGGGUGAGACUUUAUUCCUUGGAGCGCAGAAGGUCGAGGGGUGAUCUUAUAGGGGUGUAUAAAAUCAUGAAGGGAAUAGAUAGAAUGAAUGCAGUAUUUUUCCCACGGUAGGGUGAAUCAAGAACUAAAGAGCAUAGAUUUACAGCGAGAGGGAAGAGAUUUAAUAGAAACCUAAGGGGCAACAUUUUCCACACAAAGGGUGAAGGGAAUAUGGAACGAGCUGCCGGAGGAGGUAGUUGAGAAAGGUACAAUAACAACAUUUAAAAGACAUUUGGACAGGUACAUGGAUAGGAAAGGUUUAGAGGGGUACGGGCCAAAUGCAAGCAAAUGGAACAAGCUUAGAUGUGGUAUCUUGGUCGGCAUGGACAAGUUGGGCCGAAGGGGGUGUCUCCAUGUCAUGUGACUUUAUAGUGCUACAUAUGUAGUCUCAGCAAAGUCAUACGAAACUGUUUUAUUCUUUGUACUCAAAUUUGCUUCCAAUAAAACCCAACAUUGAACUUG